CUCUAACUCUGUUAGACAUCCAUAAUUAGGACCGUGCACGUAUAAAUGCCGGAAAUGUAAUACUCUCACUAAGCUUGCAAUAAAGCGUUUUGACUUUAACUCAACUGUUUCUCUCUGGUGUCUGACGAAUCCUAAUCACAACAGUUCACAAGUGUUUGGUAGACCAAGCAGUCCAAAUCAGGGUAAAAUCAGAUGUCUUCCCCUGCCUCCAGUAUCCCUUCUGUCCUCCUAAAUACAGGGGUUCAGAUGCCCCUCCUGGGUUUAGGGACCUACACGUUGGUGGAUCCUGAAGAAGUGUACCGGGCUGUGGAUGCAGCUCUGGAUGCUGGUUAUCGGGCCUUUGACAGUGCAGCCAUCUACCAGAAUGAAACUGCCCUUGGCCAAGCCUUUAAGGAGCUCUUGCCAAAACAUGGCCUAACCAGAGAAGAUGUAUUCAUAACCAGUAAGCUGGACCCCGAGGAUCAGGGGGAGAAAGCCAUGGAAGGAGCCCUGCGUAGCCUGUCUCAGCUGGACUUGGGUUACAUUGACCUCUACCUGAUUCACUGGCCUGGUACAGAGGGUUUGGAUGUGACUGACAAGCGCAACCCAGGUAACCGAGCUCAGAGUUGGGCCUCACUGGAGGAGCUGCAUGCCCAGGGGAAGCUGAAGGCCAUUGGAGUGUCAAACUACACACCAGCACACAUGAGAGAACUGAUGCAGAGCUGCAAAGUCCCUCCUGCAGUGCUACAGGUAGAGUUUCACCCCAGGCUGUGCCAGACAGAGCUGAGGAAAGUGUGUGAGGAGUAUCAAGUGUGUUUCCAAGCGUUCUCUUCUUUAGGGACAGGACAGCUGGUCACUGACCCUGUGGUCAUGGAGGUGGCAAAGAACUGUGAACGGAGCCCUGCACAGGUCCUUUUGCGCUGGGCUGUGCAGCAGGGCGUCCCAGUCAUCCCGAAAUCUUCAAAUCCAGAGAGAAUAAAGGACAAUACCAGGCUUUUUGACUUCACACUGAGUGACACAGACAUGGACGGACUGUCAGCUUUGGACUGUGGCCACAAAUACUGUCCGGAUGCAGCACUAGUGGUUUGAUAAACCACAAGUGAAAUAAUAAUUCUAAACUUGUAUAGCACCCUUCAAACUAGAAAUGUAAGACAAAGGGCUUUGCAUGAAGGAAGAUAGACAUAGAUGAACAUAAUAACACUGAAAAAUAAAACACACUGUCCUCCAUGAUGCCUCUUCCAGGGUUCCCAAACAUUAUCACCAGUGAAAACUUUUCCAUAAUAUUUGCCCCUAUUUUCAUGACUUAAUCUGAGCUGUUAUAAGUAAAUAAGUAGGCCUAUAUAGCGAUAAUAUGGUGCAUUAAAAAAAAUAGCCAAGCCAAUGUAUAAUCAAAUCUCUUCCAACCCAAUUUCUUGGACUUUAAAACAGUUUAUCAGGAAUUUAAGAGAACCCUGCUCUCUAAUGCGGCUGAUGUUUAGCUCUGACUGGCAGCGGUACAGACAAGGACAGCUGAGUUGCAUAGCAAAUGCACUGGGCUAAUGUAUUGAGGUUUAGGUAAAUGUAUGUACUGAGAUAUCUGAGAGUUCAAGUAACAUUUUAGACAACAUUUGCCAGUAGGUUGUCCUGUUUGUUUUGACCCAUAUGCCAUGAAACAUUGAUCCUUUUCAGGCAGUAGAUGUGUUGCUAACUGAUUCCUAAAAAUCUUUUCUUUUAACAAAUAUGUCAUAUUUUAAGACAAAUCCCAUAUUUAAAGUUAUAUUAUGGCAUUUGUGUUCUAGCUUUCCCCAUUUGAAUUGUCAAUGAAUAACCACAAAUUUGCAAUAAAAGAAAUAUGGCAUUU